AUGGAUAAAAAAGCUGAGAGAGAGCGCGAGAAGUAUGAAAAAGAUCGGAAAGAGUGGCAAGAGAAAGAAAAGAAACUUAAAGAGGAGAUUUCGAGUUUGAAAAAAAAUAAAAAGACCUCUUUUUUUGGUAAAAAGGAUGACUCUGCAAACGAAGCUGAAAAGGCUCAACUUGUGAAUGAGGUUCAAGAACAAAUGGCUGAAGAGUACCGAACUAAAUUUGAUACUAUGAAAGAAAAUACACGAAUGAUGUUAGACCAGAAUACCCAACUUGAAGAAAAGUUAAAAAAGAAAGAUGAAUUAAUAGAUCAACUCCAACGUUCGAUGGCAACGAAAGGUGUAAACUGGGAAGCCGUUAAAACAUCAUUAGAACAAAAGAUUGACACAACAACUCAAACAAUUCAAACUGAAACUCUGAAAAAAAUCACAAAAGAAAAUUCAGACCCAUUGACAGGAACUAUAAAUGCUGACGCGGAAAAAAUUGUCGCCACGUUGCAGAAUAUUCUCCCAGAAAUCAUCGCCCAAAUCAGAAAAGUCGUGAUUUCAAAUCUGGAAAAUGGGCGGAACGAAAGCGACGAACAGUCAAAAGUCACGGAACUCACGGAAAAAAUCGUGAAAAUGGAAAACGAAAAAAUUGGGAAAAUUUUGAUAACAAAAAACGAGAUCGAAGAACUAAAAAUGAACAUCGACGCAUUUGAUGGGAAAGAGAAAAACUAUAAAGAAACUAUUGACAAACUACAAAAAACAAUAGCUGACAACGAGGCGCUUUACAAAGCAAAUAUUGAAAGCGAGAUUGAGAAGGCUCGGAACGACGCAAUUGAAAAAGCCAAAAGUGAAAGCGAAGAAAAGUGGAAAAAUGAAAACGAUGAACUUAAACAAAAGGAAAUCACUCUUCGAGAUAUGUUAGAUAAAAAUAAUUUGGAGAACGAAAAAAACAAAAAACAAUUAGAGAGUGAUAAUGCUCUGAUGAGCGAACAAAAAGUAGCUUUACAAGUAGAACUCAGUGAUCUUAAAAAUGAGUACCAAGAUUUACAAAAGCGGAACGAGGAGCUGGAAAGUGGAAAGAAGCUUGCGCAAAACAUUGAAAAUGAGAUGAACGAUCUCAGAACUCAGAAACAAACAACAGAAUUGCGAGUAGAAGAGUUACAAAGUCAGAACGAUUAUUUGAGUGGUGCAGAUGAAGAAAACAAAAACAAAAUUCGCGAAAUGCAAGCAAAAAUUGAUGAAGAAGAAAUGAAAAAUCAAAAAAAUGAGAUUGUGAUGACCGAUCUGAAUAAUAAAAAUCAAACGUUGCGGAACGAAAAUGAGUUAUUGAUGAAACAAAAAACUGAAAUGGAAACAAAGAACGCUGAGAUUGAGAAAAUCGUAACGGAGAUGGUCGAAGAGAAGAAAAGGAAUAAUCUCGAACGCGAAUCUCAAGAAAAAGAAAUGAGAAGUGAGAUUGAGAGAUUGCAAAAAGAAAGUGCAGAUAAGACGAGGGAAAAUAAGGAAGUCCAACAAAAGAUGAAAGAAAAUGAAGAAGUGAUGAUGAAGAGAGUUGUUGAAAUGAACAAUAGUAAGAGUGAAAGUGUCAUGAAGUACCAAAUGGAAAUUGAUGGGCUUAAGAAGGAUUUGUUGGAUGCGAAGAAGGACAAAGAAGCUAUAUUAGAAGCGAAUAUGAAAUAUGCUGUAUUACUUUCCGCUUCGAGAGCCGCCGAGGAAAGAAAUUUGAAAGAAAAAACGGAGAAGAAAAACGCAAGCAAAUACACAUCGAUCGAUAAAACGAAAACACCAAAGGCGGUUGGAGAAGAACAAGUCAUGGUACUUGGAGAGAAGAUUGGAGAGUUACAAAUGGAGAAAGCGGGGUAUCUUCAACAUAUAGAAGAAUUGGAGAUGGGUAUGAUUAAGAAAGAGGAGGAACUUAUGAUGUGGAAAGGACAAACAGUCGGACAAUAUCUCAGAUCGACGUUUGGUAAAGCGAUGAACCAGAAGGGGGUUAAAGACGUUGCAGCGCAAUUCCAAAAUGUUUUACAAGAAGUUGUCACAGAAAACCUUUCUUUGCGUUUGUUAUUUGUAUUAUUUUAA